CCUUAGUGUUCUGAAAUGAAGAUGGAGACAGUGGGAAAAGCAGAACUUGUUGAUUCAGUUCCACCAAAGACUUCUGAAAAGCAAGAAACUGAUCCUGAUGAACAUGGACCUAUAGAACUUGAGACACAAACUCAGAAAGACAACAUGCGUGCUGCAGCAGACUCAGCGGUGCUUUCUUCAAUGCCUUGCUUACUGAUGGAACUGAGGCGAGACUCUUCAGAGUCUCAGUUGGCAUCUACAGAGAGCGAUAGGCCAAUGGGUGGUCGAGUUUAUGAGAGCGACUCUUCUAAUCACUGCAUGCUUUCCCCUUCCUCCAGCGGGCAUUUGGCUGACUCAGACACGUCUUCUGCAGAAGAGAAUGAGCCCUGUCAAGCUGAAGGUACUGUAGAGGGAGACCUUUCUGCGGUGUCUGGGGCUGCAGUUGGGAGGAAAUCCAGGAGAUCCAGGUCUGAAAGUGAAACUUCAACAAUGGCUGCCAAGAAAAACCGACAGUCUAGUGAUAAGCAGAAUGGUCGAGCUACCAAGGUAAAAGGUCAUAGAAGUCAAAAGCACAAAGAAAGAAUCCGUCUCUUGAGACAGAAGCGGGAGGCAGCUGCUCGCAAGAAGUACAACCUGCUUCAGGACAGCAGUACCAGCGACAGUGACCUGACGUGUAACUCAAGCACAAGCUCAUCAGAUGAUGAUGAAGAGGUUUCAGGGAGCAGCAAGACAAUCACUGCAGAGAUACCAGAUGGACCUCCAGUUAUAGCUCACUAUGAUAUAUCAGACACAAACUCAGAUCCAGAAGUGGUAAAUGUGGACAAUCUGUUGGCAGCUGCAGUAGUUCAAGAGCACAAUAAUUCUUUAGGAAAUCAAGACUCAGGAUCUACCUGGAGAACCAGAGGGCCGCUAGAUGAACUGAGUGCUGAUACAGGUCAUUUGGAUCCAGGCUUCCUUGCAGGUGACAAAAUAUCUUUAAGUAAUGUCCAGAUCAAUAAUGAAAUUAAUAUCGCCUCUUCUGAUAGUGAAGUAGAGAUUGUUGGAGUUCAGGAACAUGCCAGGUAUGUGCAUCCCAGGGGAGGUGUGAUUCAGAGUGUGUCAUCUUGGAAGCAUGGCUCAAGCUCACAAUAUAUUAACACUCAGCAAACACAAUCAUGGACAGCAGUGACUCCCCAACAGAACUGGUCUUCACCCCCAGAAGUAGUAGACCUCACUUUGGAUGAGGAUACAAGACGCAAAUAUCUACUGUAAUGCAGCGUCCCUUUGUUUCUGUCCCCACCCCUUCUCCCCUUUGUGGCACAGAAGUUCAUUGUUAAAGCUUCAACUUUAGAAGCUCCCUUCUUGGCUUUAAGAAAUUCAAACUCAUGAUCUUUUUCAUUCCCAUAAGAAUGUAGUAUGAUUUCAAUAUAAUUUAAAAUGGUUUUGCCUUUUCAAAGAAGGAUUCCUCCCACAAUUAAAACCUAAUAGCACCAAAUUUAAAACACAUCUACAGUUUCUAACAUGUGUAUGUUAAUCUGAAGAAAUAACUGUGUGCAGACUUAUGUCCACCCACCCUUUCUCAGCUCCAAUUUCAGAACAUUUUUAAUUUAUCAGUAUAUUGAGUUGGUUAGUAGAAGUUAGUGUUUUGCUGUGUGAGCAUCAGUGAUUUUGAAAAAUGCUGUGUCCUCACUGAUUUCAGUGGAACUGAGGGGUAUUCAAUACUUCUGAAAAUUGGGCCAAGAGUA